UACGCGACGCCUGUGCAGUUGAAAAAGUCGCAGUCUGUUAGCACCACUGGCGAUCACGUUUAUCUCGCAAGAAUGGGAGUGUGCGCGAUUCAUGGCCCUUGAUGCCUGUUGUGUUUUUGAGAGUCGAUGAAAAAGUUAACUUAAAAUUUCAUUUUCACGGCGGAAAAUGGACCCAUGUGGAGGUGAAAACUUAACUCCUGGAACGGGAGUUUCGGUGAAGGAAGAAAUCGGAGAUCAAUUACAAACAGUGUCCGAACAAAACGUGCAAGAAUCCCAACAACAAAGUAGUUAUAACAACGAGGAAGACCAUGAACAACAAAUCGAGUGCACGACGGAAAGCCAUGAAAGCGACAUUCGCGCAUUUCUCUCCAAAUGUGUCUUUUGCAACAAGACCUUCGCCUCCACCGAUGACCUCAAACUGCUAGAGUGCCUUCAUACAAUUUGUAUCACAUGUGUCGCUGACAAAUGCAACGACCAGAACACUUCUGUGGAUACCGAAGUUCUCGUGGAGAGCAGCUUCAUAGUGUGCACUAUUUGCAAUGUAACCAGCCACGCUGAAAACUUGAUCGAGAACCGAUUUAUCUCGAAACUCAUUCAAGAAGAGUGCAAUGUGGGCACAGAGGAAGAAAGCAAAGUUACCGAGGAGGAAAAGUUAUGCACUAGUUGCAAUGAAGAUGCCAGGGCAACCAGUUAUUGCAUUGACUGCGAAGAGUUUAUUUGUCAAAACUGCGUCAUGGCUCAUCAAAGGUUAAAAAUUACCAAGGACCACACUAUUCAACCACGAGGAUCGGUUGGUACUGAUGAGAGUACGAAAAAGGGAGAAAAGAAAAACCUGGGUUAUUUAUUUUGUUUCAUUCAUCCACACGAACAGUUGUCCUUAUUUUGUCAAACAUGCGAUCGACUUACAUGUAGAGAUUGUCAGCUGACUGAUCAUCGCGAUCAUAAAUAUAAUUUUAUUCAUGAGAUAGCUGCCGCAACCCGUUCAUCUGUAUCAACAUUACUUAAAGAAGUUAGUUACAAAAGGGUUUUAUUGAAAAGUGCGAUGAAAGUAAUAGAAGAUAGGCAAAUUCUAAUACUGGAAAAGAAAAAAAAUUUGGUUCAAGAUAUUACAAGUAUGGUUGUGCAAUUAACUAAUGCAAUUAACGUAAGGAGUAAGGAGUUAGUAAAACGCCUGAACGAGGUGUGCGAUCAAAAACAAAAAACGUUAAACGAAAAGAAAAUGGCUUUAGACCAAUUAUCAAAACUUACCGAUCACUGUAUUCAAUUCGUUAACUAUGCUUUAGAAAAAGGAUCUGACGUCGAGCUUCUGUACAGCAAAAAAUCAAUCGCUAACCAUUUGCAGCGAAUAAAAAGCCGACGAGCAGAUAUCCCUAAUCCAGAAAUCCCCGUUAGAAUCAAUCUAUCUUUAGAGAAACUACCUGAUUUAAAAAAAGUGUUAUCAUCAAUGGGAGCGAUAGUAGUUGAUGGAAGAGUGUAUCCUUCAACACCCGUGCCGGAGAAGAUUCCAACUCCGGUUUCAUGUGCCGAGCAACAACCAACUAAAUCAACCCCGUGCCCACCUCUUCAUGUGGAUGCACCUACGCAGCCCAUGAUAUCUACACCUCCCCAUGUGAAUAAUAUGCAACAAAAUUGUUACCAGCGGAUGAUGCCACAUCAUCUUCCACCUCAGCAACAACAGCAACCUCAACAGCAACCCCAACCACCGCCUCAACACCAAGCUCACGUGCCAAAUCACAUACAUCAUUAUUCACCUCAUAAUAUGCCACCACGAUCAUCACCACAGAACCGAAUGCCUUAUAAUGUAAAUUUUAACAGCAGUAUGCAGCCUCAAAUUAUAAUGACCCAAAAUUCUGGUCUCACUGGUCAUCAACAACAAGUAACUUCGUCCACUCACCCGCACCAGCAAGCACAAAUAGACCAAAUGAAUCAAAACGCCAGUCUUCGUGGACUUUUGGCUCAUAAUCCUUCAUAUCGACCUCAACCAAAUCAUAUCCAAUACAGGAUGCCUUCUGGUGGACGAUUUCCAAUGUCUGGUCCACAGCAGAGGCCUAUGAUGGGUCACGCGUUUUCACCAACUAAUCUGCCGAUGGUGCGCCUUCCGCCUUAUAAUGCAAAUCCUAAUCAGCAUAUGAACUUUCCUCUCCAGCAACACGCCACGGCUCGCUGGCAUAUUCCUCAGAAUAUGAACCCUUGUCUUCCCCAUCCCGCGGCCAGGCAACACACUAUGCCUCCCUUACAGGUUCCUCCAAAUGAUAGUUACAAAAUAACGCUGAAGAACCCGCCAGUAUACAAUAACGAAAAUAGGCUCCCAAACACUAAUCAAAAUUCUAAUACCGUGACUCAGUUGGAGAAUUCUCCAUCUUCGGGACAAGCUAUCAGUUCAUCAAUGCCUAAGACGCCAAGUCCCAACUUGCUUGGCAAUCGUGACGAGAUGGAGAAAAGUUUGGACAAGUUCUGCCAGAAGUCUUUAAAUGACUUGAUGAUGACGAUUGCAAAAUUGGAUAGUAACGGGAUCGUCGUUAUUCCAGAAGAGCAGAAAAAUCAAAUGGAUUCGACCCAAGUUGAUAGCUCUACGGAUGAAGGUGUACAUUCUUUGGGAUCCGCUAGUGUUCAAAGUUCUUUGAGUACUUCAAAAAGUACACCAACAUCUGUGAGCAAGGACGAUCCGAAUGAAGAUUGGUGUGCUGUUUGUAUGGACGGAGGCGAUGCUGUUCUUUGCUGUGAUAAAUGUCCCAAAGUCUUCCACUUAUAUUGCCACAUACCUGCACUUAAAACGUUUCCGGAUGAGAGUGAAACUUGGCAGUGCAUGUUAUGUACCAAUGUACUGGAUUGUUCUGAAGAUCCCGUUGGAGAAAAGCGACCAAAUUGUAUGUCUGCACGAGAAUUGAGAAUAGCGCAAAGAAUAGUUCUGGAGCUAUAUUGCCAGUAUGAACAAAGUUUACCAUUCAGAGAAGUCGUUUCACCCGAGCAGAUGGUUGAGUAUCACAAAGUCAUAAAGAAACCUAUGGCUCUGGAUAUUAUCAGGAAUAAAUUAAAACCUGACAAUGCCGAACAUUAUACAGAUUUAAGACAAGUCAUGGCCGAUAUACGGUUAAUGUUCAAAAACGCUUUUCUCUAUAAUCCUGUAGAAUCACCGAUUUAUCAGGAAGCCCGAAAUUUAGAAGAAUUUUUCGAGAAGUUGUUAUUAAAGUGGGCACCAAAUUACGCUUAUGAUGAUCCCUUCCUGACGGCAGAAGGUGAUGAGGACGAAGAUAUCACUCCUCCAAACAGAAAAUACCGUCGCAUCAUAAAUGAUUAGUGUAUACUCCUGCCUUAUUUGUUAAUUAAAUUAUGCGUAUUGAUAGGAUGUUAAAUUUAAAGGACGCAUUAAAUGUCCUAGGCUAAAUUGUUUAACUCGCGACUCUUGAGAUAUUUAAAUGUGCUGGUUCGCGAAUUCAACAAAGUGGAUCCAUGAGUUUGGUUAUAUUUAAUAUUUUUCGACUUUUUACAUCUCAUUACACGUGUCUCACUAUCCAUAACUUCAUUUCAGUAACAGUAGAAUUAUUAAAGAACUUUGCAAGUCGGAAAAUGUAACAGAAACAAUUUUUACUAUAAUAUUUUCUCACGUUUUAAAUAUCCAUUAGAGCUUUUAAUUAGCCCUCGUUAGACUCAUAGAGUAGGCUUUUUAGCAUUCUUAUGCGUUUCCAAUGAAUUCACACGUUUUAACACAUUGCUUGUUUUAAAACCUGAGUUUAAGAUAGAUAAAAAUAUAAAAACUUUACAAAUAUGAAUUUUAUAUAAAUAAAACCUGAUUAUUGAUUUGUUAUGGUUGUCAAAUUGGUAAAACGAGGUAAUUAAAACAAAACGAUCAAUUUGUGAAUUAGAAAACUUUUCGGAAACGUCUUGGUAUUUGGGUUUGGUUAAAACUUAAAAAGUUGUACUUUUUAAAUAAAUUUAAGACGAUUCUCAGUCUAUUAUCGAUAGCUUAAAACUUUGUUUUAUUUUUCUAGUAAUUUUCCAUUUCUGUUUUUCAGUAAGUAAGGGGGAGACUGUACAAUUUUUGCUUGCGUGAAAACUAUUCGUGAAUAAAGAAAGUAGAGAAUUUGCAUGUGUCAUGAAAAGAGAAACUAAUUAUUGCAUCUUAUGGAAGACGGUAAAGUGAGUUUAUUUUUACAUGAAAUGAAUCAAUAUCCUGUUUAAUUAAUUUUAAAAAAGGAAACGGAAAAAUACUUGCGGGAAUGGCAACUUUUGUGAUUGGUGUGACGUCAGUUAUACGGGAAAUUUUUUCCAACGAUUGUUUAAUCAGUACAUUUUAAAUAAUGAAAGGUUACUCCGAGCAGUCAACAGGCACAGUAAAAUAAAUGUUCAUAAUACCACAUUGGGCCACAAAGCAAUAUUGGCAAUCCACAAUUUUAUUUAUGUAAAUAAUAAAAUCCCUAGUAAGGAUGCCGUUGGAAGGUCAUUCAAAAAUACAGUCAAUUUUCCACGCUUGCAUCACGUGCGCAAAUGCGAAGCUGCAUGUAGACCUCGCUAAGUAAAAUGUCGUAUUUAAACACGGCGGAAACCAGGUAUGUCCACGGAAGUGGACAAAGGUAGAGAACGAAGGACAUACCACCUAGAAGAAGUUCGGAGAAGGGAAAAAGAAGCUAGUCCAGGAACUAUCCGUGAGCAUCCCUGGUGGAAAUACUUGAGUACAGGCGAAGCACCAAAUACAUGGUAUUACACUUAAAAUAUCUUCGUUAAAAAUAAUUUCUGACCAAGUGUAUUUGGAAAUUAGUUUUUUUUUUAAAUUAUUUUAUUAAGUAAUAAAAUUGAUAAUUUUUUUGAUAUUGAUUUGACAUCACUAACUAGAGAGUUUUAUAACGGACGUCACAAAAUGGCUACUCAUUUAAGUACAGUAGUCUAAAUACGUAUUUUCAACCAAUUUUAAAUAAGCAAUAAGUACUUCGAAUUUAAAAACAAGCGUUCUUAUAUUUCAAAUAAUAAAAUAUAAAAAAUGCAUGCAAAUUCUCUAUUAAAAUUUUUUGGUGAAUUGCUAUAAUAUUGAUUUGUAAAAUAGUUUAUAUAUCGAAUUAUUUUUAAAUGUUGAAAACAAAAGUAAUAGACUCAAAUUAUUUAAUGUUUGGUAGUUUUUCAAUGAAAUUCGCAUAAAAUUGGAAAUUGAUUUUUACUUUAUAAUACGGAUUAAAUGCAUUACAAUCUUGCAUUCUAGUUGUACGGUGAUUCAGAAUUGUAUUUCGUAGAAAUAUAUGUACGUAAAAUCGUAUGUACUUGUAAGUUUGUAAAAAUCAUCUUUAUUGGCAACUAUUGUUUUUAUAAAACUUUUAUAUUCUUUGAAAAAUUGUGGAACAUGUACAAUUUUACCAAUUUAAAGAAUUUAUUCUUUGUGAUCGAUUAUUCUGUAUUGUAUCUUAACACCAAUUAAACUAAUUUACUUGGGUUCAACCAAAUAAAGUCGAUCUUUCAG